AUUUUCUCGGAAGACAUACACACGACCAUCUCUCUGUUGCCUUCAAAGCCUCUUCUUACCAUGGCAAUGACAGCAACAUUGGCGGCUCCAUCAACUGGAUCUGUCCAAAAACACGAUGAUGAGUGGCGUGCGGUUUUGUCUCCUGAACAAUUUAGAGUUCUCAGGGAAAAGGGCACAGAAACCCGAUUCAAAGGAGAGUAUACAAAAUUGUUCGACGAAGGAACCUAUUCGUGUGCUGGUUGUGCAACGCCUCUUUAUAAGUCCACCACCAAGUUUGACUCUGGUUGUGGCUGGCCUGCCUUCUUCGACGCUAUUCCCGGUGCCAUAAAACAAACUCCGGAGGCAGAUGGUAGAAGAGUUGAGAUCACAUGCGCAAAAUGUGAUGGACAUUUGGGUCAUGUUUUCAAAGGAGAAGGUUUCCCCACGGCUACCGAUGAGCGUCACUGCGUCAACAGUGUUUCUCUUAAGUUUUCUUCCGAAACUUCGUCCUGA